GCGUCCUCCCGGUCUCCCCCCGGGUCUGUCGUCGCCGUGGGGUCUGCCAGGAGGUGCCCGCUGCCGCCGUGGGCCGUGGGCCAUGCCCCGGGCGGGCCCCCCCGGCGGGCCGGUCGGCGGUCCAUCACAGCGUCGCCGCGUGGCCCUCGGGGUCUCCGUCCUCCUCCUCGUCGACGUCAUCUGGGUGGCCUCGUCCGAACUCACCUCGUACGUGUUCAGUCAGUACAACAAGCCGUUCUUCAGCACGUUCGCCAAGACGUCCAUGUUCGUCAUCUACCUCCUGGGCUUCGUGGUGUGGAGGCCGUGGCGGAGGCAGUGUGCGCGCCGAUUCCACGCCGGGCCCCUGGCUUGGUUCACAGAUGCCGAGGGCUACUUUGCCACCUGCAAUGGAGAGAGCGCGACUGACGGCUCCCUGAGCGAACCCCUCUACGUCCCCGUCAGAUUUCACGACCUGCCGGGGGGGAAGCCCGACGCGGCCCAGAGCGACGCGGAAACGACCGCGAAAAAGUCCCGGGUCCGGUUCAGUCACGUCAUGGAAGUCCGGCAGCUUCCCUGGAGCGCCGGGGCGGAAGGCGCCCCCCAGCCCGCGGACCCCCCGGACUCCCCGGGCCUCGAACCCAAGACCCCCGACAAGCUGCCGCCCUCGCAGGUGGCCAAGAUCAGCUUCUGCUUCUGCUUCGUGUGGUUUCUGGCCAACUUUUCUUACCAAGAGGCCCUCUCCGACGCUCAGGUCGCCCUCGUUAACAUCUUGUCUUCUACUUCUGGCCUGUUUACCCUCUUCCUGGCCGCGAUGUUUCCCAGCAACGCCGGAGACAGGUUUACGCUCUCCAAACUACUCGCCGUCCUCUUAAGCAUCGGUGGCGUCGUCCUGGUCAGCCUGGCCGGCCCGGACCCCUCGCCGCAAAAAGAUGCCCUCGGGUCGGCCUGGGCCCUGGCCGGAGCGGCCCUCUACGCCGUCUACGUCGUCAUGAUCAAGAGGAAGGUGGAGCGCGAAGACAGGCUGGACAUCGCCAUGUUCUUCGGAUUCGUCGGACUGUUUAACCUCGUCCUGCUGUGGCCCGGUUUCUUGCUGCUUCACUACACGGGCUGGGAGGCCUUUGAGCUCCCCAGCAAGUCGGUGUGGCUCUACAUCUUCCUCAACGGGCUCAUCGGGACGGUCCUCUCGGAGUUCCUGUGGCUGUGGGGCUGCUUCCUCACCUCCUCGCUGAUGGGCACCCUCGCCCUGAGCCUGACAAUCCCCCUGUCCAUUACGGCCGACAUGUGCGUACAUAAGGUGCAGUUUUCCUGGCUGUUCCUAGCCGGAGCCGUGUCAGUUUUCCUGUCCUUCGUGACGGUCACGCUGUUGUGCCACUAUAAUAACUGGGAUCCGGUGACGGUGGGCAUCCGGAGGGUCUUCGCCUUUAUCUGUCGGAAGCACCGGAUUCCCAGGUUUUCCGAAGACGGGGAGCAGCGUCAGAGCCUCAUCCCUCUGCACCACACCCAGCCCGAAGACGAGACCACCUCCUCCUCGUGAUCCCGACCCACAGCCCGGAAGAAGCGGUCGGCGAGGCGGAAAGCCGACCCCGGGGUCGUCUCCCACACCGCCCCUCAGCCCGGCCCUGGAUGGAGACCCCGAACCCCGGGAAGAGACCACCUCCAGCGACCUCCCCGGGGCAACAUUUCAGCUCCCGAAAGGUCCAAAACUCAACUUGGAUUUCCCGAAGCCCUCGAUGGGACGUUCGUUCCCCUUCCGCCUCGCCUGCCGUCGAGGGGGACGCCGCGACCUCUGACCUCUGAGGGGCCUCCAUCCCGGGGGCGACCCCCGGACCGUCACCACCUGCCCGGAGAGGGGUCGGGAUCCAUCCCUGGGACC